AUGUCCACCCCAAAGAUCAUCCUCUACACAAACCGCGGCUGCCCGUGGGCUCACCGCGCCCACAUAGCCCUAAAGGAAUCAGGCCUGGACUAUGAAGAAGUCACCAUCGACCUAAACAAGCCUCGCGAGCCCUGGUAUCUGGACGUGAACCCGCGCGGCCUCGUCCCAAGCAUCUCCUACAAUGGAAACAUCAUCACAGAAUCAGGCAUCGUAGCCCAAUUCAUUGCAGACGCCCACCCAUCCCACCUCCUACCCCCCUCAGGCCCCGCCGAAAACGCCCUGUACCGCGCUCGCGUGGCCUUCUUCGUGGAUGCAUUCUUUAGCAAGGUCGUUCCGCAUCUAUUUGCUAGUUUGCGCGCGGCUUCGGAUGCUGAGCGGGAUGAUGCUGCGGGGUUGUUGGUUGAUGCUGUUGUUAAGGAGGUUGAGCCUUUGUUGGAGGACGGGAAGGGACCUUUCUUUGGGGGGAGCGAGAGGUUGACGCUUGCUGAGGUUCAAUCGGGAUCAUUCCUGCUUCGCAUUCUUGGCUUUGCGAAACCUGAACAUGGCCUUGUUAGUGCCAAGUUGCCUGCUUUGUUGGAGCGGGCGCCGCGCUUUAAGCGGUGGGCUGAGGCUACUGUGGCUCAUGAGAGUGUUAAUUUUAUCUGGGAGGAGAAGGCUGUUGCUGAUAAGAUGAGGGCUAAGUUUGCGCCCAAGGUUUAG